AUGAGUGUGAUCAGCACACGCGUGGGGUAUGAGGGAAAUGUCUGUAAGCAGCCCCCACACCAGGGACACAGUAAGGGGGCAGCGCCAUGUCGUGUGAUCCCACCUCGGGCGGAGCUGAUGCUGUCCCAGAGCCUUCCUACCCAGAAGUAACAUCACUUCAUCACCCCACCCGCCCCGCUUGUCCGGGUCCUGCACAGCUCGAGGUCCGGGGAUUGGAGACGGUAGGGCUGCCCGUGCGCGUUCCGACCACCAUGUCCCAUAGUGUGACUGUCAUCCGGACCACAACCAGCAGUAGCAAUGUUCUCCAGUCCAGCUCCGGCCUGUUCGACAGGGGUUACUCCAGGUCCUGGACCGGCAUUCUCAAGCUGGGUCAGAUGCUGACCUUGCUGCUUGCCUUUAUUUGCGUGUGGAGCAAUGGCUGGACCAAUUACACCGCCUACUGCUAUUUUGAAGUUGUGACAAUAAGCUUCAUGAUUUUAAUUUUCAUCUUCUAUUUGGUCAACGUCUUCCGGAUUUACAGAGCUCUGACGUGCAUUUCAUGGCCUCUAGCGGAAUUGCUGCACUAUGCAAUAGGUACAUUCCUGCUUCUUAUCGCUUCGAUUGUGGCUGCUGUAAAAAGUUCUAAGUUAGAUGGACUGAUAGCCGGAACGGUAUUUGGAUUUAUAGCUACCUUCUUAUGCAUACUGGGCAUGUGGCUGUCAUACAAAGUCUCAUUUGUAGCACAAUCGAGCGGCGCCUCUGUAUGACUACCUGGCCAGCUGACGAUCCCUCAGAUGAAGUGAAGUACCUUUUGGAAUACCAAUGCAUUGGAGCACCGUUUGCACUGUUCUAGAACUCAUUUAUUGUGACCAAUGCGUAAUGUGAAGUUGUACCUUUAAGUAUUUUUCUAUUAACAUGUGGAAACUGUUUGGUUAUUGUUUCCAGUUGCCCUAUCAUGGCGUAAAAUGAGGAACAGGUUGUGGGAAGCACAGAUUUUAAACAGGAACUAGUUUGUUGGGUUGAGACAAGACUAAAAGUAGACACAUUUAAAGGGGAAACUAUUGUUUUGUUUGUAUUGAAGCAUCAUGCUGGCCUGUAGUUUGCAAAAUAAAUGUUUUGGGUUUUUUUAAA